GGAUCUUCUUGAUUUGCUUGUUUGUCGAUCUCAGGAAAGAGGGGGGUCCCUUUCCCCGGGCCUCCCCUCCCGUUCGUGGCGGCGAAGCAGCCCCUCCAGGCGCCCCGCAGCCUGUCCCGAGGCUUCAAGUCGCGGGGUCGCCGGGGGUUGUGGCGGGGGCCUGGGCUCCCCCGCACGUUUUCUGCGGUGCUCCCCUCUUCCCCCUUCCCUCUUCGCCAAGCCCUGAAGGGACACGAAGGCGGCAGCCUGGCUGAAAGUGCCGGCGGCUUGAAACUGACUAGAGCUCCGCCGCUGAGCGCCAAGCAAGCCGGGCUGAAAUUCAGCGGGCCGCCGCCGGCUUCCUCCUUCCCGCCGCUAGCCCUCUCUGCCUGGGGGGCCUCGCUCUUCCCGCCUGGCUUUGUGGAUGUCCCGAUGAGAGACCCAGCGUUCUCGGGGGCUGCGAUGGCUUACCACCCCUUCCACGCGCCCAGGCCAGCCGAUUUCCCCAUGUCCGCCUUCUUAGCGGCCGCUCAGCCUUCCUUCUUCCCGGCGCUGGCUCUGCCUCCCGCCGCCCUCACCAAGCCCUUGCCGGAUCCCAGUUUGGCUGGAGCCGCCGCCGAGGCCGGCUUGCACGUCUCGGCUCUCGGGCAUCAUCACCAGGCCGCCCAUCUGCGUUCUCUGAAAAGCUUGGAGCCGGAAGAAGAGGUGGAAGACGAUCCCAAAGUCACGCUGGAAGCCAAAGACCUAUGGGACGAAUUCCACAAACUGGGCACCGAGAUGGUGAUCACGAAAUCGGGCAGACGAUCCUCAAUUCCAUGCAUAAGUACCAGCCGAGGUUCCACAUAGUCCGAGCGAAUGACAUCCUCAAGUUACCCUACAGCACUUUCCGAACAUACGUGUUCCCCGAAACCGACUUCAUCGCGGUGACCGCUUACCAAAAUGACAAG